AUGAUCAGUGUCUUGUGUUUUGGGAUGCUUGAUGGUAACCAAUUGUCCUUGAAGCAAAAUUAUGGAAGACAGAUUCGUUUGAGCUCAGCUGAAGCAAAAUACAUAACUUUCAGCCUACGUACAUCGGGAAUCUGGUCCACCGGUGACCGUUGA